AAUCGUUGUCCUGCAUGUCGGAGACUACAAUGACAAGCUCGUCCGGCCAUUAUUGGAAAAGGCAGUCCAGUCCUCCGGCAGGUACGGUGUAACAGUUUGUGAAGACGUCAUCGAACCUGGGGAUAUCAUGACUGACAAAAUCUUGGAUCAUCUUCUCAAACAAAAUGCUAGGAUGGUCGUACCAAUUAUCACGCCGCAGGCCCUCCACAGCAGGUACUGGUCCGCGCUCGGGUACGAGUUCUCCGUACAAAACAGGAACCUGGUCUUUCCGGUCUUCGCUUACCCUGAAGGGACAAGGGAGCGUUUGCUGGAGGUGCUCGGCAGGCGCUGUGAGGGAAUAUUGGAUAUGCCAUCUACAGAAGUACCAAUGACCGGGGAACCACUGUCCAGUACCAAAAUCAGUCUGACUGCUGCAGAAAUUAUGAGAAAGGCAUCGUCCUCUGUGGUGCUUACAAUGUACAAAAUCACACCAGAAGGCUGCACACUUGAGGAGGAUGGCGUCACUAUCUCGUUUCCAAAAGGAUGCGUCAAGACGGAAAGGUCCCUGUCCUUGGAGGUUGAGAUGCUCCCCAUUGACGACGCCUUAACAAAGGCUUUCUCGGCUGUGACGCCGGUACUGACCGUCCACCAAGACCAGGAGGAAGAUUUCUUACAGCCCGUGAGAGUCAGCCUGCCGUGGGGGUGGAGGAAGAGUGGCUGUGGAGCGGACAAUGUCGUCUUGAUGGAGAGAAAAUCCAAACCAAAUCCUCCCCAGUGGACUUUGCUAAAACUGGAGUUUCAAGAGACAGAGGACGAAGUUACAUUCUCAACGAGACACUUCUGCGGGAUUGCCGGUGCCAAAGAAAGUGGAAAUGGUGGCGAAAGCUCUACCUCUAGUAGCGACAGUCCAGGAAACCAUGAGGAGGCAGACAAUCAGGAGGUACCAGAAGAAAGAAACCUAAGAGAAUCGGGGAAAAUUGAUGAGGCAGCCAAUGAGGCAUUGGCAGAAAAAAGUAUCUCAAGUAAACCUGGUCACCAGGAUGAGGCAGCGACACAAGGGGUAACAGAUGAAAGUAUCUCAAGAGAGUCAAAGGUUUCAUCAACACCCGCAUCUACACCCACAACUGAGGCAUUCCAGGGAUGUUGGAACAGAUAUGCGGAAGACAGGGUGUACCUCAUCAUAAACCCAAACCAGGCAACAGCAAACAACAACUACGUCCACCUCAUGUGUGUUCACAAGGACGAUGACCCCACAGACUUCUUCCGAGCUGCCAACAUGUUGCCGGUCCCACCGGUUCAACAACGCAUCGUCAUGGGCAAGGAAGAAAGGAUAGAUGCCAAGUUUGAUAAAGAAAGAGAAGUCAUUGGGAACCCCCUUGACGUUUCGGAUGGUAUCAGCUUCUUCUUCCCUCCCGCUAACUGCAACAGGUGGUCCGUUGGACUGAUUCCCAACACCUCGCGCCCAGCUAAGAAGAAGUGUCUGUUAGGCACCGUCCAUUUCAGACUCUUUUCUGAUACCGAAGAACAAGUAACUGAUCUCAGACGCCGGAUCCCGUCAGCACCCGUGUUCCUCUACUUUGACGAUGAAGGAGAGACAAUUAAGAUUCAACAGAAGGAUGAAGGUGUCAUCGUCGUAAGCGAGCCGUUACAACUACAACAAAAGAGAGAGGUCAUUUCUAUUCUCUUGGUUAACGACGAGUACUGUACAUCCCAUGGAGGGCCUUCAAAUGUCAACCGUCAAGUGGCACAGUUCCUGCACCAGCAUGGCACUACAGUCCAUUGUACAGCUCUGCAAGCCUCUGAAGACGACAACAGGUGUGCCACAGAGGACGGUGUCAUUCUGCACUUGCCAGUCCAAGGUUCAAGGAAGAAGAAGGCACCAUCUUUGGAAUGGUUAACCGACUACCACAGCUUUCACUAUCCAGAUAUACCGCAGGAUCUGAAGUGUAUUGUGGGCCACGCGGAUGUCACAAGUGAAGCUGCGAAGAGCAUACAAGCGACCCGCUGUCAACACGCAAAGUUGGUCCUUUUCAACCACGACAUGCCAGAAGAUACAGAGCACUACAAGGGAGCUCAGAAAGCGAUGGCUGCGGGGAAGAAAGUGGAAGACAUCCUAGAGGAUACCAAGAACGCGGAUGCCGUGUUCUCUCUGGGAAGAAGAAUCUACGACCACUACGAGACGAAGUACAAGUCACUUGGAGACAGCAAACCAACAGAACACCUGAUGUUCCUCCCAAGACCGUCCCCACUAUUUGAAGCCAUCUCUGUUAAACCAGGAGGAGGGGAGAAAGUUGUUCUGACUGUCGGAAGGGUGACCGAAGUGGAGAAGCUGAAAGGCCAUGACCUGGCAGCCCGCUCCAUUGGGGAGGUUGCAGAGAAGAUCCCAAACGUCAAAUUGUGGGUUCGUGGGAUAGAUGAAGAUGACUGGGAAGCGAGCAAGAACAUCCUCGAGGAAAACCUGAACAGUGGGAGGAUCAAACCCACACUGCUGCCAUGUGGAACCCAGGAGGACAUCGCUCAGGACAUGCAGCAGGCCCACCUGGUCCUGAUGCCGUCCCGUGCCGAGCCGUUCGGGCUGAUCGGCCUGGAGGCCAUCGCAGCGGGAAUCCCUGUACUCAUCUCUGACAAGUCAGGACUGGCAGACAUGAUCACGGACUUAAUCAACGAUGGGAAGUGCAGCGCAGACAUGAGGCACAGGAUCGUGGAAACCAGCGUUAAGGAGUCCGACCUAGAGGAAGCUGCAAAUGAAUGGGCAAAGGCAAUUGUGGGUACAUUAAAGUACUCUGAACAUGAAUUCAGGAAAGCAGCCGAGUACAAGAAGCAGCUCCUGAAGUCCAAGUACUGGGAAGAGUCACACCAGAACCUGCUGCGGGUCUGUGGAUUGACUGACUGAGUCUAGAUGGCUUCGGAUUCAAAGUUGUUCAUCUGAUACCUAAUGUAUCUGUGUGCGCAUGUUCCAAGGCACAGUUCCAACAUGUCUAGAAAGUGAAGUCAUUGAUUACUUUGCACAUACAAUUUCACAAUUGUAUUCAUUGACAAUGACAUUGACUAUUGCCUAUUUAGAGGUCUUCUCUAUAAUGAGGUCAAAGUAAUUGUGGAUGUAAAUAAAGUCAUGUUUAUACAUUAGAAUCAGGGCAAUUCAGCCAGCUGGCCAUGAACUUG